GAUAUCAGCUGGUUAUUCGGCCGUUAGUGAAUCAUGUACGUUAUUUCGUGAUUUUAGUUUAAUUUUGUUCAUCAGAGGAUGCAGCGCGAGUGCGAAUUCCUGGUGGUUGGUGGCGGAAUCGCUGGCGUAAGCUGCGCCGAAUCCUUAGCCAUCUGCCGACCUACUGCCUCUAUUCUCCUGCUCACAGAGUCCAGCAUCGUGAAGAGCGUCACCAAUUUGGUGCCGGUUGCACGCUAUCUACACAAGUUUGAUGUGCGGGAGCAGGAUGUCUCCGAAAUGGGAGCGACAAUCGAAACACUGGUUGACCAACUGGAUCACAUAAACAGCAGGGAGCACUCUAUCCGCACUAAAAACGGUGUGGUGAUCAAGUAUCGCUACUUGUGUCUUUGCACCGGCGGAGCUCCCAAAUUGUUCAGCGGCUCGGGAAUCGAACCCCAUAUCAUUGGCAUUCGGGACACAGAUUCCGUCGUGGAACUGCAGCGCAAAUUGGCGACAGCCAAGGAUGUCCUGAUUCUGGGAAAUGGAGGCAUUGCCAGUGAACUCGCCUAUGAACUGAAGGACGUCAAUGUACAUUGGGUGGUGAAGGAUGCCCACAUCUCAGCUACCUUUGUGGACCCAGGUGCGGCGGAGUUCUUUCAGUUGGCCAGAAGCGAGGUGAAUGCAAAGGACUCCUCCCCAGAAACGGCUAUCAAACGUAUGCGUUAUGGUGAACUGCUGCCAAGGGAGCAAAACAACAAACAGGGAGCUGCUUUGGGUCCAGACUGGCAUAGCUCAUUUGAUUUGAGUGGAGCCUCUGGAGCGGGAGAUCGACGCCUACCGAAGAUCUACUACAAAUCACACAUAGACUGGCACCAGGAACUACCCAACGGAGCCGGUCUUCGAAUCCAAUUGGGUCACGAGGAUGGCAGCUCGGAGCAACUUAACUGUGAUUUCAUUGUUUCCGCCACGGGAGUUCUUCCGCGACACGAUUACUCCAGUGAUAGUCCACUAAAGUAUUCCGAGGACGGGGGUAUUUCCGUUGAUGAAAUGAUGCGUACGAACCUCGAAGACGUCUAUGCUGCCGGAGAUGUCUGCACGGCCAGUUGGUCGCCGGCGAUGCACUGGUUCCAGAUGCGUCUGUGGACACAGGCCCGUCAAAUGGGCUCCAUGGCGGGCAGGAGUAUGGCAGCAGCCAGUGAAAACGAAACCGUGUACCAAGACUUCUGCUUCGAGCUGUUCGGACAUGUAACCAAGCUGUUUGGAUACCCUGUCGUCCUUCUGGGACGAUUUAACGGACAGGAUCUGGGCAAAGACUACGAAAUACUGGUGCGUUGCACUCGCAACAAGGAGUACAUCAAGUUUGUGCUGCAGAAUGGCCGACUCCGGGGAGCCAUACUGAUCGGCAACUCUGAUCUGGCCGAGACCUGCGAGAACCUUAUCCUGAAUGGCAUCGAUUUGGAGCCCUAUGGCGAUGAUAUACUUAAUCCCGAUAUCGACAUUGAAGACUAUUUUGAUUAGUUUAUUUUGGGCUAGCUUAGAGUAUUAAACAUAGACGAUAAUUUGUGUUGUAGAUCUUACUGCUAGGAUUGGCUCGUUCCUGGAUUUUGCGGGGCUUUUUUGGGCCGUUGUCAUUUGAGCUUGCCCUCGGUGCCUAGAAAUUUGAAGAAUAAAUUACAUCCAGAUCGUGA